UCGAUAUAUCUCCGUCGAUACGCCGCAUCGGCCACACGGGUUUCCGGUCGCGCGUGCGCACUGGCGCGACAAAACUCCCGCGCGGGCUUGGCUUCGCUCGCUUGGUGGAGAAGACCGGGAGAAGGCAGGACAGACGAGUACGGACAAUCGGAAUAUCGACCGAGCACACGGUAAACCCUAUCGUCCAGUGACAGCGCGGCGCGUCGCCCGCGAUCUCGCGAAACAACGACAGGUACGUAAUGAUGAUCGAUGAGCGUGAAAAAAACCGAUAUUGAACGCCUAGCGUCUGCCCGCUUGUUUUCACCGUGCGUCGCAGUUCCGCGUAACGAGAUAAACGCUCUUUCUCUCUCCCUCGUCCGUCCCUGCCCCCUUGCCUCCCUUCCGGGUUCGCCAUAUUGCUAGCCGUUGAUAAAUUCACGAGAUUUUCGUACCGACUGGUGAGCGGGAUUUCGUGGAACAUCGACGACGAAUUUUCGUCGGUUUCGUCGUCCGUCGUCGAUGCCCGGCGUUUUCCGACGUUCCGGACGACGAGGGGGGAAAUCGCACGAGGAUUCGCGGAGCGGUCGUUCGACUAUAACAUUGUCGUGCUAUCCCGGUGCGAGCUCGAUGCAUAAAUGCGACGACCUUCGUCUCACGAUAUGGCUCUCUCUUGAUAUCUUCUAUUCGCACCUUUCUGCGGCUUCCCGUGUCCUUGUCUUAUCGUGCGUUCAAUCCAAUUCAGCUACCGAGCCCGACAUUGACUAAAAAUCGCGCCGGAGUAUCCGUCGGCACGUAAGGCGCGCGGUUUUCCCUUAGCAUCGGUCAACAAUUCUUUAAUGUGUAUAAUGAUGUAUCGAUGGACCUACCGGUUUUCGCGCCGCGUUGUUUGAUCUUUGCCGAUUAACCUUUUUGUUAUGGAAGAACUGAAAAAUUGAACAGAAGACCUGUGCCAAAUAACCUGCAGGAGAUUGAAGGCACUUUCCAUCUAUACAUACUAACAUACUAAAAAAAAAAAUUGAAAAGACGCUACGAUAUGAGGACGGUCAGUCCACUAAGGUGCAGAGUACACCGUGGACAGAAUUUAUAUCCGUAAUCUCGUCGCAUCACACAAUUUAAAUCGAUAAGAAAAUGAUAGUGAAGACUAGUUUUGAAGAUUUAAUUAUUUUAAUUAAAGAAAUUAUAAUUAAUUAAAUAUAUUAUUUGCUGCGAUUUUUGUAUUACUACUUAAGAAUGGAGUUGUCAACGGAAAUAUUGGAGAGUUUGGUUAUAGAUAAUAAAGAUAUUGUGGAAGUGUUGAAAAGUGGAAAUGUUAAGGAAGAGAAUAUUAUAUUUGAAUCUGAAGUAACUGAGGAUUCUGAAGAAACAGAAAUAGAAGAAAUUAUAGAGAUAAUUGAAGAAGUUGAAGAGGAAAAUGAUGAGGUUUCAGUAGAUAAUGAUUCGUUGCAGGAUAAGAAUGGUUCAACAGAUGCAAAAGAUAUCGAAACAGUUGAAAGGAUAGAGAAAAAUGAUAAGACAAUUAAGAAAAACAUAGAGCUUUAUAGUUUUGACGAAGAGAAUUCCAUAUUUGCUUCACCAGAAAAGGGAUCAACUAAGAGUGUAAAAAAUAAUACACAAAAAACAAUCAACAAGCAAGUUAUAAAUUAUGAUGUAGAUGAAGAUUGGCAGGAUGAGGAGUUGGAGCGCAUAGAUGAGUUGGACAGUAAUUCUGCAUUGGAAGAUAAUACAAACUCUUUACAAACUAAAAAGAAUGUAAAUAAUCAAACACUUCAAUCAAACAGAUUAGAUUUAAAAGUCCAUGUAGAAUUCACUGAAAGGGACAAAUCUCGAAUAGAUGAUGAUAUUAACAAUAAAAUAAAUAAUAUUGAAGACGAUGCUGAGUCGACGCAAGAGAUAGUGAAAAAUACAGAGAAUAAUCUAUUGUACACUGUACUUGGAACAAAGAAGCAAGAUUCUUCUAUUAAGCAACAAGAAAAGAGAGAUGUAAACAUUAAUGAUGCACAGUUUGUUAAAAUGGAACGUCUUGAGGCAAAUACCAUUCCAGUUGAGGGUACUAUAUAUUAUGAAGGAGACAACAUGGAGACUUUGUACGUAGCACAAGCUGUCGAUGAUAAUGAACAAUAUCAGUAUGAUAAUGCAACAAUGGAGCAAGAAGAACAAAUAUCUUGGGAAACGGCGAACAUCGAAUCCAAUCAAAAUCAAGAAGAGAGUUCUCAAGAUCAAAUAUUUUUGCACGAGGAUGAUGAUGGUCAAUUGUACUUUAAAGAUGCUAAUGGGACUCUGCAACCAGUAUACUUAACUGAGGAUGGAAAUUAUGCGAUUGCUGAAAGUAACGAUGAUGAUGUUAAUAAAGAACUGCAAUCUAAAUCUCAUGAAAACAAUGAUCCAAUUGAAGAGGAUUAUAUUUUGCCUGACUUGGAUUCCAAGGCCAUUUCUAAUAAACAGACAACCAAUACAGUGUCAUCGCCUCAAGAUUUUGAAAAUGAAGACAAUACUGUUACUAUAUCUUUGAUAAUAUCAGAGGAUGAAAAUGGACAAAAGAGAACUCAAGUCAUUAUACCCACAACAGAUAAUUCAAAGUGCGACAUUUGUAAUAAGAGUUUUAAAUCUCCCUUCCAAUUACUUAGGCAUAAUAGACUAAAACACGCUCGUGAGGAAGACAUAACUACAAGAAAUUUUCCUUGUGACUUGUGUCCUAAAAGAUAUCCAGAUCAAGCUUCACUCGCUCGUCAUCGAAAGACUCAUACUGGCGAUAGACCGUUCCAAUGUUUGGAAUGUCAAAAAAAUUUUCCCACAUCUACGGCGUUACGUCGUCACUUAACACAGCACAAUUCUCAAUCACAACCGCUUCCCUGUAUUUACUGUGGUCGACGCUUCAUGGAUAAGACUAGCUUAACGAAACAUGAAGAGUCGCAUAUGCCUAUCGAUCAACGUAAAUACACUUGCGACAUAUGUCAAAAGACCUUCAAUCACAUGACCGAUUUGAGUAUGCACAAAAAGCAUCACGAUCCUGACAAGAAGUUUGAUUGUGAAGUGUGUGGUCGCGAGUUCAAUAGAUUGAAUAAUCUACAGAGACAUAUGUUGGUACAUCAGCAACAGCAGGGAGCAAGUGAAGAAAUACUUUCCUGCGACGUGUGUGGAAUUACGUAUAAAUUCAUGAGUUCGUUAACAAGGCAUAUGGUGACUACACAUAUGAACCCCGAAAAGAUGCGGCAACAGGCGGAAGAACAGCGAAGAAAACGCGAGAACAAUUAUCGAAAAUAUCUGGAAAACCGAAAAAUGUAUGAAACGCAACAUUGUGGCACAAAGCGUAAAUAUAAUUUACUUACCGAAAAUAAUGAUGAAACGGCCUGACUUAAACUUUCUAGUAAUUCCUUGGCAGUUUCAUAAAGCACAUAGCAGUAAGAUUAUAAUCUCUAUGAGAAUAAUAAAAUAUAUUAACAAUGUCUUUGUAUCAUCGUUUGAUAAUAGUGAUACAGCUAUGCAUUUAACUUAAUGAAUAUAUCAAUAUAUUAAUUGGAAAAUA